AAGCCACUCCGAUAUUUAACAUACUAAUGUUGGUGCACGCUAUCUUGUUUGAGGUAGCUGCCUGGUGGAUACUCUACACUGCUGGGGACUGGUGGACUGCCUGGAUAGUCUCUGGGGUGUUUUUUGCCACUUCUCAAAUACAACUUGGAUGGCUGCAACAUGAUUUGGUCCACGGCACUGUGUUCAGCAGCACAAGAGUCAAUCGAAUCUUCAAUGAUAUCAGUCUUGGACUGAUGCAGGGAGUUCCCAUUAACUGGUGGGAUGGGAGACACUAUUUGCACCAUGCAAAGCCAAACGUGACAAUACCUAAAGAGUGGGGUGCAAAACACUGGGGACUGUGGCCUGUGGCCGUAUCAAUUUCAGCACAUAUAUUUCAUACUAACUGCUCCAACCUUUGGGAUCACCUUUUUCUACCAAGUUGAAUUUAUUCUUCAAGCAAUUUAUAAUGCCCAAUGGAAGCAUCUUCUGUGGCUGUUCAGCUUCGUGUUGCGGUUCUACCUGAUGUACUAUCCACUUCUUGGUAGCUUUGGUGGACUUGUCUGUUGGUACUACUUCAUGAGGUUUGUGGAGAGCCAGUGGUACGUGUGGGUCAGUCAGAUCAACCACAUACCCAUGGACGUGGAGGCAGAGAAGCAUCUGGACUGGGUGACACUGCAGUUGAGGGGAACCUGUAAUGUGAAGCCGUCUCUUUUCAAGACCUGGCUCUGUGGUCAUCUCAACUACCAAAUUGAGCACCAUUUGUUCCCCGCCAUGCCUCGCAGUAACUACCACAUCAUUCAACCAAGAGUCAAAGAAUUCUGUCAAGAGCAUGGACUUGUGUAUGAAGAAAAAGACUUCUGGGAGGGAGUCUAUGCUAUGAUCAAGUCUCUUAAAGAUUCUGGACAACUCUGGGCAGAUGCUUGGAAGCAGCAGAGCAAAAGAGUUGAAUGAGAACAAAUUUAUAAGACAUGUCGUUAAAAUAAACACUAGUGUAGCUACACUCUCUUUGAACAAUUAUUUCUUGCUUGUUAUGUUCCUAUUAUAUAAUA